AGACUGCCGUUUGACCGCCUGGCUAGAGCGAUGAAUCUGGAAGAGCCCAGCUUCGGCGACAGCUACAUCCAGGAGUUUGUGCUGGAACACCUGGACCACGAUACGGGUCCGAAUGUGAAGCGCGAGGAUACGAGUCCUUCCGUGCUGGGUGGACCGGGAGCAGGCGUGAAAAGUGUCUGGAAUGGAUCGGCGGUGGAUGAGAGUGGUUUACUUCUGCCCAUCCGGUUGAAGGCUGUCAGUAAUGUCAGUGUUGCCCCGGGUUCUACCGCGGGUGUUGGUGGUGGUGGUGGCGGUGGCGGUGGUGGUGGAGGUUGGCAUCUGGAGGACGCCCGUAAGCUGCAUGCCUGCUCUCCCGGCCCAGGUGAUCUGUUCACACACGUUGGAGCACCCACUCAUGGUCAACCGAUGCUGUUUAAUCCUCCACUAAGUGGAGUUCCUUCGACUCCACCUGAGACACCUCCCGUGAUCGGUUCUCCAAGUUCCGCCGGUGGUCCGGGAGCUGGUGGGACGGGAGCUAACGGAGCUGGUGGAUAUGUGGGUGGUGCGUACGGAUAUGGCACACGAUCGCAGACAGGUCUGGUAGAGGAGAUGAUGUUUCUGCCACAGACGAUGCGUGGAGAACAACCACUCGAUCUGCGACCAUUGCACUGCUCCAUAGGUCCCGAAGGUGACUGGAUGGAUCGUAAGGAGUACGCCGGAGUGUUGGCAGCUUCGGGAGGACAACCAGGACCCAAUGGAAUGCUGGUAGGCACGGCUGGAGCCUCGGUAGGACCGGGAACAGGACUACCCGGAACUGGAGCUGGAGUCGUUGGUGGAGGUGUUGGAGGGGGUGGCGUUGGUGGGGGAUUCCAGCAUCACCAUCACCAUAUCACGGCGGCUCAGCUAGAGUUUGGGCCACUGAACAUACACGGUGUGGCUCACCAACACCCGCAUCAUCACCACCAUCAUCAUCAUCAUCAUCACGCCCUUCAUGGGAAUCGACCGCAUUCGGUGAGUUCGACCAGUUCGACGAUUUCACCACGGAAUGGAACCAGCAGCAGCGGAGGUGGCAGUUGUUACAACGGGCUUGGUGGAUCGGGAACUGGCCUCUCCUCGGAAGAUGUCAUCAAUGAUGAGCUGUUGAUGACGCUGUCAGUGCGUGAGCUGAACAAACGACUGCACGGAUGUCCACGUGAUCAGGUUGUGCGGUUGAAGCAGAAAAGACGAACACUUAAGAACCGUGGGUACGCACAGAACUGUCGUUCGAAGCGGUUGCAACAGCGUCAUGAUCUUGAGAUCACUAACCGACACCUGCAUCACGAGAUGCAGCAGAUGAAGGUUGAACUGGCGAAGGUGAAGCAGGAACGCGAUGAGCUCAUCCAGACGCUCCAGUUGCAUCAGCGUGAUCAAUCCGCACAACAACACCAGCCGGGUAGUGUGCUUCAGCAACACCAGCAAGCUCACCACAAGCAGCACCAGCAACAACAGCAACACCAGCAACACCAGCAACACCAGCACCAACAGCAGCACCAACAGCAGCAACACCAGCAGCAACACCAGCAGCAGCAACAACAACACCAACAGUAUCAGCAGCAAUCACGUCAGCAACAGCAGCAGCAGCAGCAACAACACCAUCUCCAUCAUCAACAGCAACAACAGCAGCAGCAGCAACACAUAGGAUCGUGUGGGGCUAGUGGAGGCGCUAGUGGAAGUGGUGGUGGUGGUGGUGGUGGUGGCGGAGGUGGACCAGGACCUGGGUUGGUGUCCUCGGUGAAGCAGCUGAUCGCCGAGAGUGUUACCUCGCAGGAGUACUACGUAUGA